AUGGCCGGUCAUGAUGAACGAUACGAAACGCCAUCUGCGGAGGACUACUUCUCUGACAACACGCGGGGCCGCAUAGAGCGUGAACAUGUACGACAAUCAGGAGCCACGUCCGGCACGAUCAAGGCGAAGCGUAAGCCAUGUGCUUGGAGAAGAAAGACAAGAAAGCCUAGCUUUGGCCAAAAGAUCCUACAGGUAGCUCGACAGCUCAGCGAAGCAGAAUUGGAUGCACAGCUGGAUCGACUUGGCAUACCGGGCCCAGAGGAUCCUGCGGAUAUGCUACCGGUAGUCCGCGAUGGCGUCUUCCCGUAUAUCAGUGAGCUACUUAGACAAUAUGGCCAAGGAGAAUGGGCUCUACGACCCCGGACCUUUCUUAUCCUAAGGCGGCUCGGCUGUGUGAAGACGAUGGAAGACUUCGUCGCCAUGAAGAGGACCGACGCCUUCCUUCCCUACGAUGAUCGAAACCUGCCAGAUUUCAUCAAAGGCUCCGAAAUCAGGGCUAAAUUUCUCAAGUGUCAGCGUUUGGUCCUCUCGAACAAACAUCUCAACGAUCUUGAAAAGGAAGGUAGUGCACAUCAAAACUUCACCCGCAACGCAGACGAAUACUUCUCCUUCGUGAAGCUCCUAGGACAAGGCGGAUCCGGCACAGUCGAUCAUGUGUAUGGGACUUUCAGCUUGAAGAACUUCGCACGAAAGCGAUUGCACCGCGGUAUCUCGGCUUUGCAGGAUGAACAGGCCUUGGGAAGGUUUGAAAACGAGCUGACAGCGUUGAAGGCCGCUUCACACCGACACCUUGUGAAACUAGUCUCUUCAUAUACUGAUCCUACCUACGUCGGGAUCAUAAUGCGGCCAGUGGCAGACGAAGACCUUAAAUCGUACUUGAAGAGACAAUUCGCAAGCGAGAUAGAUGUAAAGGCCAGGAAGCAAUGCAUCCAGACCUUUUUUGGCUGUCUUUCGAAGGCAUUAGAAUACCUACAUCGGAAUCGAAUCCACCACAAGGACAUAAAGCCACAGAAUGUUCUCGUCAAGAAUACCGAAGUCUAUCUUACGGACUUUGGAACCGCGCGGACUCUAGGGGAGCUCAGUCGAAGCCUUUCGACGGGCCGCGUGGAAGAGGCAACUCUGCGGUAUUGUGCGCCUGAGGUUGCGGACCAAGCGCCCCGAGGAAAACAAAGCGACAUAUGGUCCAUGGGAUGUGUCUUCUUGGAGAUGGCCACAGUACAUAACAACCGUACACUCGAAGAGAUGGAGUCCUUCUACGCAUCGACUGGGACCACCUCGUUGGGAUACUGGAGAAAUGAAGAAGCCACUGCCGGCUGGAUUGAGAGUCUCACAAACAGGGGCUCUUCGCAAGACACCAAGGUACCGUUGCAGUGGGUACAGUCGAUGCUGCGCGACGAUCAGUCCGAUCGCCCUACAGCCUCUCAAUUAGUUGCCAAAAUUGCGGAUGCACCAAGCGAUCAACGAUUCUUUUGCUUCCAUUGUUUGGAGAACCAUCAAGAUAUUGCUGCACAAACCUUUGCAGAUGAUCGGAUGGCCUCAUCAGAUGUGGUCACUGGGGCACUUCUAAAAUCAUACAUCCAGAAGACUUUCGGUUUCCACCAAAAUGAUAUCCACGGCUCUUUAGAUGGGUCUGAUGACGAUACCAUCACAGCAAAGAUGCUUGAGGAUGCUACUGCAGUGGCGGACCCCGUUGACCAGGCUUCUGACACGGUAGUCGACCAGGAAGAAUAUCAAAGCGAUGUAUCAUCUCGUGACGCCCAAGAACCUUCGUCGGCCGGUCAAGCCCACGUCGGAAACCCUUCACAAAGUCCAUUGGGAAAUGACGGACCCAAGGCUGCUCAAGGAGUUGAACUUUUGCAGCCAUUCGAAGCAAAAGUGGAUGAACCAACAACUACUUCUGCUUCUAUUCCAACUGCUUACAAACCCAGUUCUGACGCAAAAUUAAAAUACUCCCCACAAAGCGGGAGCAAAAGAGUAGCAUUUGAAGCCAACACCCAUGAAAGGCCUUCAAUGCCUUCCGCCCGGUUCUCCGCUCUUCCAAAAGAUCAAAGACCUGAGCCAUCCCGAUCAUUCAGUGAGUCUGUUGGCUUGGAUGACAUGCCAAUUGUACCUUCGGAGCCGCUUGUUCCCCCACCACUUGACCUGCGAGAUGGCUAUACUCCUCCAAAAUCUACACUGGUGCCUUCCUAUGUCCUAGCCGGAUCCAAUCGAUUCACCAUGCAAGAGGUCAGGGCAUCUGACCCUACUCUCGGCAGCUUCAACCUGUUUGUGUAUGGGCGUUUGAUGUUUCCCAGCGCUCUGCGAGCAUUAGCGGCCCGCUCAAUCGGAGGAGUGUACUCCCCGAUACACCAGAGGCGCCUGGUCCCAUCUACCUCUGAUUGGGCUGGCGCGAAUCUUUCGGUCAAGCAGGCAGCUGAGAUUAUGACGCCUGCAAGUCUCGAAGAAUUUGAUGUAUGGCGUCCGGCAGGUUUGAAUUGCGCUGCAAUUCAGGAGUCAUCCAUGACAAGGAACAUAAUCAAGAACAGAGAUAGACGAAGGUUGUCAAGUCUGAAACCUGGUCCUCCAGGGGAAGUGACCGGUUUUGUGAUCAAAGGUGUUACCGAAGAAGCCCUCAGAUAUUGCGACCUGGUCUUCACGCAAUGCUCAUCGACUGGAAAUGUCAGAUCAAAUGAGAAGGAUAAGAUCAAAUCCAAUGUCGAUGCCCUCCUUCUUAGGAAGCUGGUUAUGGUGGACGUACAGCUCACCACAGGCGACCAUCGCUCUGUACCAGCUUACACUUAUGUAUGGUCUCAAGGAGAAAAGCAACUCUAUCACCCAUGGCGUCCAGAGGAAUUCGUACGAGGACGUAGUUUCGAACCUUUUUGUGAUACCGAAGGGCAAAAUUGGAGAGCAGAAGAAACGUCGCUUGCAGAAACGAUGAAGAUCAACUACGCGUUAGCUGGCGACGAUCUCCUCAGUGCGAUUCUUUCUAACGAUGUUCCAAAACUGAAGGAUCUCUUGGAGAACCAUUACAUGGGUGUCGACUCGCGUUGCAGGAAGUAUGGGACUUCACUGCAAGCUGCCGUCGCGAAUGGGAACCAAGACAUGGUUCAUCUCCUCCUAGAAUACGGCGCGGACUCAAGUGCAAGAGGUGGGAAAUAUGGCACCCCCCUUAUAACUGCGACGAUUGGCAGUAGGAAACACAUCACGCGUCUUCUUCUAGACGCCAGGGCUGAUGUGUUCGCUCGGCAUACCAAACACGUCAAUGCUCUCUAUCAAGCAGUAGGUCACGGAGACUGGGCCAUCGCAAGCAUGCUCCUAGAGGCGGGCGCUUGGCUCAGUAAGGAUUAUGGAGAGAUCAAGGAUCUUGCAGUCGAGCAAGGUGAUCGAGAAAUGCAAGCUCUUCUGCUCGACUACGACGUCCGCGAUUACUCUAUGUAUCCUCGCCUGGAAGAUAGGGCGCGAAGGAAGCCUCAGGAGAAGGGCGAACAGCGAGGACUAAUGAAGACAUCUGGGCGUGUCUUCAGCGCUACUCUCAAGAAAUUUCUAGUUCUCAGCUCCCAGCCUGGUAGCUUCCGAGGUCGAAAAGGCGUGGCAAUCACGCGCGCAGCGCUCGCCGCUGGCGCGCCCCUGAUGAUACUGGAUCAUAUCCGAAAUGCCAUUGAUCCAGUCAUGAAACUUAUCGAUACUCUCAAAGCGGCAGACCAGCAACAACAACAAGAAGCCAUGCGGAGUGGUGUAGAUGGGGGAGGAAAGAUCGAGGAGUUGGGAUCAGACGAGGAUGAUGACAUUGACAAGACGAGAAGCCCUACCAUUAAUGUGACAAGAGCAGAUGACCUUCAAGGGAGUAGCCCCGCGGCAGACAGGAAGGCCUCUGAGCUACGAGAAGAUGAGCAUCGAUCCAGAAGAGGUAAUUCCAAUCCUCCAGCAAACCAGCCCCGCCCUGAAGAUCGUCCUGAGACACCUUCACACCCUCCGCGAUGGCGCCAGCCGAAACCAUCGAGCCCACCGCACCACCCCUCCGCGCGCCCUCCCCGCACCCACCGACCGCCCCCCACACCCUCCCCCUCCCUCACCUCCUCCAAUCUCGAAGUCCUCACCCAAGGCGCCGAAGCCCUCGUCUACAAAUCCGUCUUCCUCACUCCCUCCACGCCGUGCGUCGUAAAAUACCGCCCGCCGAAACCCUACCGGCACCCGGUGCUCGACAAGCGGCUUACAAAAGCGCGAUUACUAGCCGAAGCGAGAGUGCUAGUUCGGUGCAAGAGAUGGAGUAGGCGUGCCGGGGUGCUGGGGCGGAUUGGGAGGGGGUGGUUAGUUUUGGAGUGGGUUGAGGGGAGGACGGUGAGGGCUGUGUUGGAUGGGUGGGCGGAGGGGUUCGACAGAGGGAGGGAAAGGGGAGGGGAUAAGGGCAUCCUGGAGUUGAUGGGGAGGGUGGGCAGGGCGGUGGGGAAGUUGCAUGAGAUUGGGGUGUGUCAUGGGGAUUUGACGACGAGUAAUUUGAUGGUGAGACAGGAGGAGAGGAAGGAGGCGCAACGGGCACAAAGGUCGAGAGGGCGGCUGACGACGAGCGAGAUGAGGAUGAUUGCGGAGGAUGGAGGGGUUCCUGCGUUUCCGUCGGUGGAUGCGCAGGCGCAGGGACGAGGUGAUGAGCUGGAGGGUGAGAUUGUGCUUAUUGAUUUUGGGCUUGCGUCGCAUUCUACGCAGAAUCUGCAGGAUGAAGAUCGCGCGGUCGAUCUAUAUGUUUUGGAGAGGGCUUUUGCGGCGACGCAUCCGGCAGCUGAGCCGCUGUUCACGGAGGUGUUAAAGGCGUAUGGGGAGAGCUUCAAGGGCGGGAGAGCAGUGUUGAGGAGGUUGGAGGAUGUCAGGUUAAGAGGGAGGAAGAGGAGUAUGCUGGGCUAA